AUGGCGUCCUCCAGCACAGGAGCGUGGCCCCUUCCGCCUCUCUAUCAACCCCUCAACAAGGAUAAACGAGAAAUGCGUCUUCUCGAAAUCCUUCCCAACACUUCUGAUGGCUUAGUCAACUGCAAACUCCAUACCGUCCUCCUUACACCGGAUCUUUACUACACUUGUAUCUCCUACGUCUGGGGUGACCCGACAGUCACGGAAGAUAUCGUCGUUGACGGCGUUACUCGACAGGUGACUGUCAGUCGUGCUACUGCACUUCGACACCUGAAGCAACACUGGAUCGAUAUUGAGCGAAAGUCAGAUCCUGGCCUCAACACCUCCAAGUUCCGCUUGUGGGCUGAUGCACUCUGUAUCAACCAACAGGAUCUCACCGAAAGACUACACCAAGUUGGCAUGAUGGCGGAUAUCUACUCUUCGGCAGCAAUGGUUAUGGCCUGGAUUACUGCAAGCGGCAAGGUUGUCCAAAAAGCGUUUAAGGCUUUCGAAAGAUAG